AGAAGAUCAACCUACCCCACCGUCUUGUUCGACCCCUUGGUGAAGCACUUCAGCUCAUUUGACUGCUGCUGCCAGAAGAUUCAGAAACACUGUUGAUUUACUGACUCUAAUAUGUUUCUAAAGCUUUGUGCUGGACGGAGUUCUUUAUUAUGGACAGUGUCACCACUCCGCCUGCACCCUGCAGCGCUGCUCCAUAGUCAAACUCCUCAUCUGAACUCCAACAGGACCUCAGUGGUGCGCUGUGGUCGUCAGAAAUAUGAGAGAUUAUACCCAGUGAUGCUGGUCCGGCCCGAUGGAUCUACAAUCAAUAUCAGAUACAAUGAACCCAGACGCCUCCUCUUGAUGCCAGUGAACCUGUCCACUGUGUCUGAAGAAGAGCGUCGAGCUCGGCAGAAAAAGAGAGAAGUAAAGAGAACGGUCAAACAGACAGCCGUCGACUAUGAAGAUGACUUCAAAGCUGACAAAUACAGCCACUUCUGGAAGAAGAAAUAAUGUCUAUUUGACAACUGAUUAUUUUUCUGAAUGUAAACCAUAUACGUUC